AUGUUGUAGGUUAGUUUCGAAACUGGUUUGGAACUUCCUGAGUAUGACGUCACUCAGGUGUAGAUAUUUUGCGAGUACACACCUUAUUUCGGAUACUUCCUCAAAUUCGGAAUCCAACUGAAUUUAUUUGUUUGUUAAAGCUACAAUUAUAAAUGACAAUGGCACAGCGUCCGUUCAAAAAAGAAGAGCUUCAAGAGGCUUUCACAAUGAAUUGCUCCUCUGACAACACCAUUCCACCAAGCAAACUUGGCGUUGUCAUACGAUCCAUUGGACGUGCCCCCACUGAAGCUCAGCUAGAAUCAUUGUGUAGUGAAUUUAGAAAUAAAGGAAUUAAUGCUCUAACACUUGCGCAGGUAGAUGCUAUAAUUACUAAGUAUGGUUUCAGCCCAGAGUCUCCUGAUGCCUUAAGAGAUGCAUUCAGAAUUUUUGACAAGGAUGGCAACGGUUUGAUCAAUGCCAGUGAAAUUCGUCACAUUUUGUGCAACCUUGGUGAGAAGUUGACUGAUGAGGAGGUGGAUGAGAUGAUUAGAGAAGCUGAUCUGACUGGAGAUGGCCAGAUCAAUUUUGAGGAAUUUGUCAGGAUCCUGGACGCAGGAUUGUAAAUCUCUCAAGCCUCCCACAUCUUCUAACAUUCCAUCAUCAACAACGAUGCAGCUUUUCCUGUCUCUCAGACUGCCAUGAUUUAUUUGUAGCCAGUGGUCAUUGUUUUGUACUAGUGCAUCACAGGAAUCAUAGUUUUUAUAUUCAUUUUUCAUCUCAUUAAUUAAGCUUGUACAAUGUAAUUUACCAGACUUUAUUUCAAUGACAGAGGGCAAGAAAACUUAAAAUUAUUUAAUCUGUUUGUGAGGGUUAACUUUUUUUACGUAAAAUCUUUUAUGUACAACAAAAUAAGGUUUGAUGUGUUGUUUUUUUAAAAUAUUUAUUCAAUUCUGUAAAUGCAUGGAGUUUUAUUACUACAUAAAAAUAAUUUAUUGUAUCAACACAUUGAAUAAACUAGCACAUACAUUCUUUUUUAGCUGCAUAAGAACAGUUUCCAAUAUAAAUUAAUUCACCAGCUUAUUAUUCAGUGUUUUAAUUAUAUUUAUAGAUCAUAUUUAUACUUGUUUAAAGGAAAUGUUCUACCCAUCCAAAAGUGAUACAUGCUGAAAAUGUUAUUGUAUGAGCAACAUAGCUAAUGUUUCUGUGAUUUACUUUUACGUGGAAGAACUAACAAAUCCAGUUGUAUGACUUACAUAAUUAUAUCACAGUUCAUUAUUUAUCAAUGCUUAAGUUGUAUCAAUUGUGUUCUAAUCAUUUCAGGAAUUAUUUCGCUUCUGCUGUUGUGAAUAACUCUCCAGCUGACUUUCUUGUUUUUAAUGUACCUGAGUGGUUUUAAUUCUGUUUUUCAGAAUUUUUGCUGAUUUGAUGUUUUUUAAGAUACAGGUCUAUAACAAACAAUAUAUGCAUAUUAUUUGGUUGGUGGGGUUUUUUUUAGUAACAAAAUUAAAGUCCAUAUACUUUUAUGUUUUUUGUUAAAUUUCAAAUGUUAGAUGCAUUUAAUUUUCAUUUAAUAUACCACCGAAUAUUCUUAGAAAAGAAAAGGAACAUUUAUUUCUAACAAAAAUUGUCAUUCUGUACUUUUAAUACUAAGGACUACAAUUAUGUCAGAAAACAAAUAUUUAUUUAGUUAUUAUAUGUAAUCUGUUAUGUAACACUAUUAUUGUUGCUGCUAAGAAUAAGACAAAAUUUAUAAACAUUGUAAGCCUAAAUAAAGGUAUUGUUCUAAAACGA